AUGAAGCGCAAAAUCGGAGCGCUCGAGAAGGUGGAUGCCGACCUACCCAACCUGCAACACAAAAUCAAAAGCGAUCCGCCCUCAUACCGAGAAGACUUCAUCAGCCAGUAUUCCCAGUAUGCCUCGCUACUCGAGCUCUUCCUCCAGUCGCCGACAACGACAGACGACACCGGCGUUGUACGACUACGAGACUUGGUCGAUUUCAUAUCACACGUCGCCGAUUGCUACCCGAAAAUAACAGUCGAAUUUCCCCAAGACUUGAUCAAGGUGAUCUCGACCCAUCAUACUUCGCUAGAUGUAGAAUUGAGGGACAAGAUUGUGGGUAGCUUGAUGUUACUGCGCAAGAAAGAGAUUAUUAAUUCAAAUACGCUUCUGAACACCCUUUGGCCGUUGUUGAUCAGCACGCCCUCGAAAGCAUUGCGAGGACUAUUGUUCCAGAAGAUCGUGUCGGAUUUGCGCACUUCGAAUAGUAAGACGAAGAAUCAUAAACUCAAUCGCAACAUUCAGACAAUAUGCUACGACCUGAUUGCAUCCGACCCUGCUUCACCAAAAGGUCUGUGGGCUGUCAAGCUUACACGAGAGCUAUGGAAGAGACGGGUGUGGGAAGACGCGAAGGCUGUGAGUAUAAUGGAGGCGGCUUCGCUGAGUCAAGAUGCCAAGGUGGUUACGGGUGGGGUCCGAUUCUUCUUGGGAGCCGAUCAAGAGCGAGAAGAGGCAGCCGAGGAGGAGAGUGAUGACGAGGAAGAGAUUGACAUGCGCAAGAUGAAGCAUCAGGCUGGAAUCAACAAGAAGAAUGCCAAGCGGGAGAAAGAGCUUAAGGCGGCCGCCGCGAAAGUCAAGCGAAGAGAGAAGAAGAAGAACCAACAUACCACCUUGAACUUCAGCGCAUUACAUUUGCUACACGAUCCACAAGGGUUUGCGGAAAAGUUGUUCCAGCAGCAUCUCCAGCCCUCACAACCGAAAGUGCGACUGAACCUCGAGCAGAAGCUGUACGUUCUUCAGCUUAUCAGUCGGCUUGUUGGUCUCCACAAGCUUACACUGAUUUCGUUGUACUCCUACUUCACCAAAUUCCUCACGCCAAAGCAGCCUUCUGUUACAAGUUUUCUAGCAAAUCUGGCCCAAGCAACACACAGCCUGGUUCCGCCGGAUGCACUGGAGCCUCUGGUGCAGAAGAUCGCGAACGAGUUCGUAUCAGAAGCCGCAGCUUCAGAGGUGGCAUCCGCAGGUCUGAAUGGAAUUCGAGAAGUUUGCGUACGGCAGCCGCUAGCCAUGACCGAGACUCUACUGCAAGACCUUGUCCAAUACCGGAAGAGCAAGGAUAAAGGCGUGCAGAUGGCAGCGAGAGGCCUCUUGUCGCUGUAUCGAGAAGUGGGAGCUGAGAUGUUGAAGAAGAAAGACCGAGGUCGAGAAGCGGCGAUUUCUCUCCGGACCGGCGAGAGAACUGGUGCAAGAUUCGGAGAAGUAGACGGUGGAGGUAUCGAAGGGAUUGAGUUGCUGGAGAAGUGGAGAGAAGAGCAGGGCAUCGGAAGUGAUGACGACGAGGAAGCAUGGAGGGCCUGGGACGCUCAAAGCAAUGACAGCGAGAGCAGCGGCGGCUGGAUCAACGUCGAGAGCGAAGGUGAAGACAUUGACAUAUCUGACUCGGAUGAUGACAAGCCUAAAUCGAAGAAGACCAAAACAAAUGGCGGGACUAAAGAUAAUGAGAAGGAAGGCAAGGAGGGAGACGCUGAGGAGGGCGAAGAAGGACAUCGAAACACGGCGUCUCUAGAACCUGAAGCCGCUGUCAAGCGCGAAGAAGCCCGGAUAUCCAAGCUCGCAACCACGAGGAUCCUCACACCCGCCGAUCUGGCCAAGCUCAACGAGCUACGACAGAGUGCCGCGGUCACCGCCGCUCUUCCCGCCAACAAACGUCGCCGAUUGCAAGCGCAACAACAAAACGCCCAACGCCAUGUCGACGACGAAGUCACAGCCGACCAAAUUGAAGGACUCGCCAAGCUCUCUCACAAAGCCACCAAGGAAGAGAAGAUUCGAAUGGCCAAGGGAGAUCCUGGAGAAGCGAACGAUCACCGGUCAACGACUGCUAGACGAAAAGAAAAGAAGGCUGCGGAGGGUAAGAGUACGACGAACAAGGAGAAGGCGAGGAAGAAGAAUUUCCUCAUGACGCUGGGUAAGGCGAAGAGAAAGGGGAAGAGGAGUCUGGUUGAGGAGCGGAGGAUUCUGAAGGCGCAUGUGGCUAGGGGCAAGAAGGGUGGUAGGAGAGGCAAUAACUAG